AUGCCUCGCGCCAAGCGCCCACUCGAGAAGAGCGACGCCAACGCCGCUGAACCGGCUAUGAAAAGGAGCACGCGGAGUGGCGAUGCGAAGAACGUAGACGCGGCCAGAGAGACUGAGAGUGCUCCGAGCGACCCGCCCGCAGCGAACACUAGGGCGGCGAACGGCAAGAGUGCUGAUAACAGUGAGAUCAACGCGCCAAAGCCGGCACCGAAGAAGAGCAGCGCAAAGGGAAGGAAAGGCGCGGGAAAGGGGAAGGAUAACGCCGCGCCUGCGCCCCAAGGCGAGAAUGUAGAAGCUCAAAGCGCAGCGGCCGAAGAGCCCAGCACCGCUCAACCGGCCGCUACCGCCUCGUCCGACGAGGCGCCCUGGCCUUGGGUGACAGUGGCCCGGAUGAACAUUGACCGCAGGCGCGAGAGGCGAGGUAAAGACGAUGAAGAGCCGAGCGAGGAAGAGAUCAAUGCGGCCAAGGUAGAGUUCGAAAAGUAUAACGCGAAGCCUCUGUCGGAGCACCCGGACUGGCCUUGGAGAGUGUCCAAGCCGGCGCGGAAAAUGGCGGCGAAGUAUGCGCAGGAUGUUGACAAGAGGGACCCUGAUAUCUUUGGAAUGUAUAUUUACAAUGACUAUCAUGGGUAUGGGACUGCCGAAGUCAUUGAGAAUAUGCUUCUUGCGUGGACGACUGAAUAUCAGAAGAAAGACUCUUCGGUAUGGGAACUGUGGAAGCAUACGGAAGCGAUUGCGCACUUCUUCGCCCUGAUGCCGGAACUGAUCGGGUUUGGAAAUCUUGAGGACGGCGAGCGUGUGAACGAGAUUCUGAACGUCAUCGGUCUCGCUCUCUUGUCCACCCUCAAUAAGCUGGAGGCCGCCUCCCUUCUCAAACCAGAUGGCCCAGUCAAGGAUCUAGAACUCGUUCUUUGCCUCAUGCUCGACUUCUGUUCCGGCUAUGAUGUAGACUUCGAAGACGUUGUGUGGCCACACCAGGUCGUCGCUUACGCGAACAAAGCCGGUUUGAAGCUUGAUAAAUUGCACAAUAUGAGAAAGGACCUUGAGAGAUAUUCGGAAGACAAGCUUGAUAAGAAGAAGAAGGACCUUGUGUACAGCGCGCCGAAGGAGGAUAAGUUUGAGUUCAACAAGAAGUGGAAGGCGUAUGUGUCGAAGUAUGGAAUCAAGAGAGGCGGGAAGAAGACGGUGGGUGGUGAACAGUAUGACAUCACGAAGAUGAGGAAGGCGGAGCGGAUCAAGCAUUCUUUUGACAAGGAGGAUCCGAUGGACAAAAUGGUCAUCGAGGGAACGGAUGACGAGGAUGAGUAG